UUUUUGGUUUUAUAACUAUUAAAUAUGUAACUUUUCUAAUAUAAGAUGUUUCAACGUCCUUCUCACCACUAUAUGUUUCCCGGCUUAAGUCUCUUUUUCGUUUAUAUGUUAAGAAAAAAAUUAUUUACAAACCUUCAAUUAAAAAUAAGCUAAAAUAUGGAUUUGAUACCAGUUCUAAAAUAGUUAAAUAUCCUAUUCGACAUCAAGUUGACUUUAGGGAUCACUGCUAUGUUCACGUUUCUGGUGGGACGGGAGGAUUUGGUGGACCCACUUUUGGUGGACUUGGUGGAAAUGGAGGAAGUGUGACUCUUGUUGGUGCAGAUUGUAACCUACCCUCUUCAGGCAAGUAUAUCGCUGGUCCUGGCGAGUUUUAUAUUAUUUUUACAAGCCCUGUCGCCGUGGAUUUUCUCGCAGAGGCCGAAGUGGUGAAGAUUUACUAAUCCCAGUUCCCCUUGGCACGAUUAUUAGGGAUGGAACGACAAAGGAGAUUAUCGCAGAUAUUGAUAGAGAAGGAAUGGAAGUGUUAGUUGCUAAAGGCGGGUUGGGCGGUUCUGAGGACACCCCCAUUCCCUACCGUCCCACAGAUAGGGAAAGACGAAAUUUGUUUUUGGAGCUCAAAACUAUUGCCGAUGUCGGAUUGAUUGGUUUCCCUAACGCCGGGAAGUCCACACUUCUAAGCGUCAUCUCAUCGGUGGAGCCGAAGAUAGCCUCUUAUCCUUUCACUACGUUGCGGCCCGAAGUGGGUGUGGUGGAAACAAAGUCUGGUGACGUCAUUCGGGUAGCAGACUUACCUGGAUUGAUCGCAGGAGCUCAUAAAAAUUUGGGGCUUGGUUUUCGCUUUCUGAGGCAUAUCGAACGUACCAAAUUUUUGAUCUUUUUAGUGGAUGUUAAUGGUUUUCAGUUGAGUGCUUCAGAUGCUUUUUUUGACCCUGUAGAGUCGUUAGCUCAGCUAAUUUUGGAACUUAGAGAGUAUAAUUCGACUCUUUUGUGUCGGCCUUGUUUAUUUGUUUGGAACAAAGUCGACUUGUUGUCUUCUUCGCAGCUCUACCAAAAAAUGAUUCAGAUAGAAAAUCACGUUCACUAUCAGAAUUUAUUGCACGAACUAAACGUGGUUGGCGUUUACAAAACAUCGACUAUGAAGGGAGUAGGGAUUGACGAAGUGGUGUCGUCUCUUGGGAAGUGGUUUGAAGAGAAUAAGUUUGAGCUUCAGAACGGUACAGGCCAGAAAGAUGAUAUUGAAUUUUGGAAACUCGAUUAAAAUAACUGCUUGACUAAAAAGGCCAUCGGCGGUGACUUAUCUAAAAAAAAAUAAGAGCUGCUUGUUAAAUAAAAGAGCUUUAAGCCUACAGGACUUAAA